AUGGAUACACGAAUGCCUACCCUCCCCCCGGAGAUGGGAGAGUUUGUUUUGAAAAACAUUGCCACUGUCGAGGUCGUGGCGAUGUUCGCUAUAGGCACUUACAGUGCACUAGAGGUGGGCAUCGCCUGCCUCGACCUCUUUAAGCGAUACCGCGGGCUAUAUUUCUUCAGCAUGCAAGUCGCUUCCUGGGGGAUUCUAUUGCACUCAAUCCCGGCCCAGGUGCGAUUUGUGACGAACGGUGCUGAAAUCCCACUGUCAAUCCCAUAUAUUAUCGGAUGGUAUUGUAUGGUUAGCGGGCAGCCUGUCGUCCUCUACUCGCGUCUGCACCUUGUCGUCGCGGAUAUGGGUUGUCUGCGCUGGCUCCUGUGGAUGAUCAUCAUCAACGCGGUCGUGAUGCACAUUCCAAUGACUGUUCUCUUCUACUUUGUCACACUUGGAUCUGAUCAGUUCGUGCUGUCAGCCGCGAUCUACGACCGAAUUCAAGUAGUAGUCUUCGCCGCACAGGACCUCAUCAUCUGCGCAAUCUACAUUCGCGAAGCCCUUCGCGCCCUGGGUCCCGUCCUGGAAAUCCGCGGGCGCGAGGGACGCAAAGUCAUAAUUCAUCUCAUCGCAAUCAAUUUGGUCGUUAUGAUCAUGAACAUCCUCCUCAUCGUGACGGAGUUCAAGGCCCACUUCAUCCAGAUCAGUUUCAAGACAGUUGUCUACAGCGUCAAGCUCAAGCUGGAGUUCACUGUCUUGAACAAGCUUCGCACCCUCGUCUCCACAAACAAUCCCUACAUCUUCCACGCCAACGGGCAUGGAAACCGCAACAAUAACACUGCCACGACUGACACGAUUGAUCCAUCACGCCGAUCCAGUGACCUCAACAUCUACGAAAUUUACGCCUUGGUUAAUGCCCGACAUCGCGAGUCGUCGGACACCGAGUCCCAGCGAUCUGUCCCUCAUAUCAACAUAUUCAACGGCAGUCUCGAAAACGGCGUGUCUGUGGAGAAUGCGGAGCGCAUAAUACAAGAGCGGGGUGUGGUCGGCAUGGAGAACACCCUCGACUUUCGCAAUACCCUUCGUGAAACGACAUCAAGGGAAAACAUGCAUCUUCCUUCUCCAUCUCCAACAGCGGAUUGCUUCCUGGGCGACUCGCUGUCGUCUGAUAACUGCUAUGCCGGCACAGGGCCGCACAUUGGGUCUACAGAGACAAGGUCGACUUUCGAACGGCAGCUGUUGGAAUCGCACAGAUAG